AUGGCGACGUCAGGAGGGAAGUCGCGGCGGGAGGAGGCCAGCGACAAUUCGGACGACGAGCUUACACCUCUUGCCAACGAAAUUUACGGGGGCAGUCAAAGGACUGUACAGGAGACAAAAGGAUGGGACGUGUUCAGAGAAUUCCCUCCAAAACAGGACAGUAUUUCUAUGGAAACACAGAAAUGGCUGGAGUUCACAGUGCGAAUGCUCAAAGUGCUGGCGUACUUCGUCACGUUCAUCGUGGUGCUCGCUUCUGGUGUUAUCGCCAAAGGCACCGUGCUCUUUAUGACCUCGCAGCUGAAAAAGGAUAGACGGAUUGCGUAUUGUAAUAGAAACUUAGGUAGAGAUAAACAGUUCAUAGUCAGCCUGCCCGACGAGGAACGGGUAGCAUGGAUGUGGGCAGUUUUCGCCGCUUUUGCCAUACCCGAAAUCGGGACGUUGAUACGUUCAGUCAGAAUAUGUUUCUUUAAGUCUUCUAAAAGACCUACGCCUGUGCAAUUUAUAGUGGUGUUUCUAGCGGAAUCGCUGCAAACGAUCGGAUUGGCCAUCAUGUUCUUCAUAGUUUUGCCGGAACUAGACGUCGUCAAAGGGGCGAUGCUAACGAACUGCCUGUGCGUGAUACCGGCGAUCCUCGGGCUGCUCUCUCGCAACUCCCGGGACUCGAAGCGUUUCGUGAAAGUGAUUGUCGACAUGGCGGCCAUCGUGGCGCAAGUCACCGGCUUCAUUGUGUGGCCGCUUUCGGAAAACAAACCUGUGCUGUGGCUCAUACCGAUUUCAUCGCUAUGCAUAUCGCUCGGGUGGUGGGAGAACUACGUAACGAGACAGAGUCCCAUAGGUUUAAUUAAAUCUUUGGGCAGAUUAAAGGAAGAAUUAAACGCUUCGCGUUAUUACACGUACCGAUUUAUGUCAAUUUGGAAGAUACUUCUGUUUCUUAUGUGUAUCCUGUUUUGUUUAUGGAUGGAUGGUGACGAGCCUGCGAUGUUCUUCCAAUUAUUUAACGCUGGUUUUGGACCUCAUAAUAUUGUUGUUGAAGAGAUACAAAUUCAACUAGGCGGGACUGUGAUUCCGGAUUUGGUCAACGCAACAUUAACUGGAGACUCAGUUGAAGUAGCCGCCGUUUAUAAAUCGGCCUUUUACGUCAUGCUCAUUCAAAUGUUCGCUGCAUACUUCUGCUACAUAUUUGGAAAAUUCGCUUGCAAAAUCCUUAUACAGGGAUUCAGUUACGCGUUCCCUAUAAAUUUGGUUAUACCGCUUGUAGUUAAUUUGCUUAUUGCUGCAUGUGGUUUAAGAAAUGGCGAUAAUUGUUUCUUCCAUGGGACUGUACCAGAUUAUCUAUUCUUUGAAAGUCCGCCAGGU